AUUAACGCUAAUAUAAAUCUUCAUGACACAACCCUCAAUAAUUCAAACAACACGUAAUUAAUUUUUAAAUACACCGUAACUAAGUAUGGUAAUAAUUUAAAAGGAGAAAAUAUUGGGGAGUUCACGAAAACGCCCCAAAUGGCGUAACAUAUGGGGUGGCUACCAUUAGGUUACCUAGAGAUUGACCCUCCAACUCAAAAUAUAAACUCCCACUCAUCUGCCUUUCCUAACUCAUCUUCUCCUUCUUUAAUAUCCACACAAAUCUUACCAAAAAAAAUAAAACCAUUAAAAUUUUUGUUGCAACAAGAAGCAGUGAAAGCUAGUAUGAGUUUGUCCAAGAACAUCCCAAUCUUGGUGCUGAGGCUGGUGGCGUUGGCAGCCUCCGUUUCAGCAACGGCGGUGAUGGUCACUAGCAAUGACUCGGCCACCGUCUUCAACAUGAAAUUCGAAGCCAAAUACACCAACUCUCCCACGUUCAAGUACUUCGUAUUGAUGAAUGCAGUUGCAGCUGGCUACAGCCUUAUAUUGCUCUUCUUCCCUUCAAAGAACUCAUGCGGCCAUUUCAUCUUGGUUCUGGAUUUGAUGAUAUUAGUGUUGCUGGAUUCGAGCAUAUCGGCAUGUUUGGCGAUAGGGCAGGUGGGGAAGAAAGGGAACAGCCAUGCAGGGUGGCUGCCAAUUUGCGACCAAGUGCCUAAGUUUUGUGAUCAUGUGACUGGAGCUAUGGUUGCUGCUUUCGCAGCUCUACUCGCUUAUUUCCUCAUACUUCUCUACUCCAUUCAUAAUCUUAUGAAUCUUUUCACUCUCACCAACACUUAAUUUUUCUUUUCUUUUCUUUCACCAUGUUGUUGGCUUUCUUCAUUCAGAAUUACCAUGUAUGGAACUAUGGAAGGCAAUAUAAUCAUUAUAUAUAUACGUGUAACGCCAAUUUCUAUUUAUUCAAGUCACAUUAUCAUGUUUCAAUCUCAA